AGAUACAAACAAGGCCCAGAGUCUGACGGCUGCAGACAAACAGGAUCUACAGCCCUUGCCCAGCAACAAAGAAGGCCACUGACACACAAGCGGCACUUCCUGGCCCACUGAAAUCCAAGGGCGACAACGCGGAGUUUGACUGUCCCCUUAAACACUCCUGAUCUUGAAGAUGCUUUGAAUAGCCUACAACGUCGUAUCUCAGAAGAAAUUGAUUCCGAUCCAGUUUGUGAUGUCUGCCAAACCCCACAACGUGACAGAUCAUUUAAGGUUGUAAAGGUUCUUUCCUGGCGGAAAGGAGGGGGGGGCGGGGGCCAGAGGGGGAUAAAAGCCUGAGCAGAGCUGUCCCGCCCCCUGUCCUGUUCUCGUGAUGUCAUUCCGGGCGCUGCCCAGGUGCGGCGGGUGGAGGAAGGCGCUGUUGGCGGUAGCCCUCGUCUCCGCCGCGCUCUGCAUCGUCCGCCUGGCGGCGAAACCCCCGCCGGACUACGGCUGGCUGGACUUCGGGGACGGGGCGCCCGAGGACGCCUGCAACUGCACCAAGCUCCUGCUGCAGGACCCCGACGAAAUCGACCGGGCCAAGGUCCUGUCCAUCACGGUCAGCUUCCGGGCCCAGACCAAGGUGACGGACGCCCAGUUCAUGGAGCUGGCGGGAGACUGCGAGCGGUUCCGCCUCCUGCGCAAGUACGCGCCGUUCCCGCUGAGCCGCGAGGAGGCCCGGUUCCCCAUCGCGUACUCCAUCGUGGUCCACCACAAGAUCCAGACCUUCGAGAGGCUGCUGAGGGCCGUCUACGCGCCCCAGAACCUGUACUGCGUCCACGUGGACCGCAAGGCGCCGUCGACCUUCCUCUCGGCCGUGCAGCAGAUCGCCUCCUGCUUCGACAACGUCUUCAUCGCCAGCCGCCUGGAGAGCGUGGUGUACGCCAGCUGGAGCCGGGUGCAGGCCGACCUCAACUGCAUGGGCGACCUGUACAACCACAGCGCCCCCUGGAGGUACUUCGUCAACCUGUGCGGCCAGGACUUCCCGCUGAAGACCAACCUGGAGAUGGUGCGCAAGCUGAGGGCCCUGCAGGGGAAGAACAGCCUGGAGACGGAGAAGACGCCGCCCUUCAAGGAGGCGCGGUGGAAGAAGCGGUACGAGGUGGCGGACGGCGCCAUCCGGAGGACGGAGAAGGACAAGGCCCCGCCUCCCGUCGAGACGCCGAUGUUCGCGGGCGGGGCCUACAUCGUGGUCAGCCGGGCGUUCGUGCGCUUCGUGCUGGAGGACCCCAGGGCGCGGCGGCUGAUGGAGUGGGCGCAGGACGGCUACAGCCCCGACGAGUUCCUGUGGGCCACGCUGCAGAGGAUGCCCGGCGCGCCCGGGUCCAUACCCAGCAACCACCGCUACGACGUGACGGACGUCAACGCCCUCGCCCGGCUGGUGAAGUGGCAGUACUUUGAGGGGGCGGAGUCGAAGGGCGCCAUGUACCCGCCUUGCAGGGGCCACCACGUGCGAUCCAUCUGCGUCUACGGCGUCGGCGACCUGGGCUGGAUGCUGCAGAAGCCGCAGCUCUUCGCCAACAAGUUCGACACCGACACCGACCCCAUCGCCGUGCACUGCCUGGAGAAGUAUCUGCGGACCAAGGCCCUCAAGGAAAUGACCGCCUCGCCCAGCUCCCAGUCCGUAAUAUCACUUUAACAUCACGCCCCCAGCCUAGCAUUAGCGUCACGUUCCCCGCGUUCCCCAGCGUUAGCACCACGCCAGCCCACUGUUAGCAUCAAGCUAUGUCCGGACCAAGAAUUAGCACAACCCACGUUAGCACGUUAGCGCAGCGCUAGCCUCAUACUCGUACCCAGACUCGGCUCUUAUACUGUACGUGUGCUGUUUUAAUUAGCCUUGGCGUAGCUGGUUUAGCAGGUGCUCACAGUGCUGGUCUCGCAGGAGGAUGUGGCGGCAGCUGCGACGGGGCUGCGGUCACAUCGCUGCGCCUGCGUUUCCUCUGACCCAAUUUAGGUGCCUACAGCAACCCAAUAUGGCCGUGUGGUAAUCAGCCCAAGCAUAGUUUUUCACGAGGCCAAAUUUACAGGGCCAGGCAUGAAGAAAUCUGAUGGGAUGAAAGCUUGAGUUGCCGCAGGAUAUUUACAAAAGUUAGCCAGCUAACGUUUUAAUCCCUCUUUCUGAAAUGCCUCCUAGGUGUUUGUGUUUGCCUCUAUCAGGUGCUUGUAGAGCAUCUGGGGAUUAUUACUUUUCUGUUCUGGUUCUUCGUCCUGCAAGGGUGAAUAAAACAGACUCUGUCCGGUCUGGAGUGGUACUGGGUUUGUACCGGUAUCCAAUCACCAUGUGUGCUGAAUGCUCUCUGUGUUAUUAUGUCAUCAAAAAUUUUGAUUUGUUCUCAGCUAUUCUUUCCAUUUGCAAAAUGACUGAAGUUCUUAAGGUAUGAUUUCACUGCCCCUUCCGAACAAUUCUAAUACAAAUGGAUCAGUAAAAAUGUCUGUCGAAAAUGUCUGCUCAACACUUUUCUACUAUUUAUUACCUUCGCUAAUGUGUGGUGAGCGUUCUGGCGCAAAUUGGCUGCCGUGCAUCACCCAGGUGGGUGCUACACAUUGGUGGUGGGUGAGGUGAGUUCCCCUUCACUGUAAAGCACUUUGAGCAUUUGGAAAAGUGCUAUAUAAAUGUAAUUAAUAAUAAUAAUAAUAUUAAUUUUUCUGCCUUUCACUUGUCUUUGACUGCUGAUUGUUUUUUUUUGUAAAUAGUAAAUAAAUAAGAACA